AUGGGGUUCCUGCUAGAUCACAAUGGAGUACACCCAACAGAAGAAAAGGUUAAGGCCAUAAAUGAUGCACCUAGACCUACUGGAGUAAAGGAGUUAAAAGCUUUUCUUGGGUUUUUGAAUUACUAUGGUGCUUUUCUGCCAAACUUAAGUACCGAGUUAAACCCAUUCCACAAGUUGUUAAAGAAGCAUGAACCGUGGAAUUGGACGGCUGACUGUGAGGAGAGUUUUAAUGUUUGUAAAAAGAUGAUCACUGAGAGUAAACUUUUAGUGUUUUACGACUCCAAGAAACCUCUCCGAUUAUCGUGCGACUCAUCUUCCUAUGGAGUUGGAGCAAUAAUAUCGCAUGUAAUGAAAGAUGGCUCAGAGAGACCAAUAGCUUUUGCCUCCAGAACACUGAGUGAAACCGAGAGACGGUAUGCUCAAAUAGAAAAAGAGGCACUGUCAUCAGUUUUUGGAGUAAAGAAAUUCCAUAAGUACUUGUUUGGACGCAAAUUUACAUUGGUAACAGAUCACAAACCGUUGUUGUCAAUUCUGGGACCGAAAAAGGGUGUUCCCCCAUUAGCUGCAGCCAGAAUGCAACGUUGGGCACUGAUACUGGCUGCGUAUCAGUAUGACAUUCAGUACAAAUCAUCUGAACAGCAUGGUAAUUGUGAUUCCUUAUCGAGACUACCACUACAUGAGACAGAACAGGAGGAUACAGAAGAAGGAGUAUUUUCAUUGGAUAUGUACUUACCCAUCUCCAGUCAGGAGAUAGCUAUGGCUACCCGAAGAGACCCGAUUCUGUCCAGGGUGUAUGAUUUCACUCUGAACGGCUGGCCAGCUCAUGUAGAGGAUUCUGAUUUGCAGCCUUUCUUUGAUAGAAGGAAUGAGCUUACACUGGAAAAGGGAUUGCUCAUGUGGGGGAUGCGAGUGGUCAUUCCGGACAAGUUUAGAGGUCGCUUGUUGCUAGAGCUGCAUGAUGAACAUUUAGGAAUGUCUCGAACAAAAGCCUUAGCCAGGGGGUAUCUUUGGUGGCCUUAUUUAGACAGGGACAUUGAAGACAUGGUUGAAAGAUGUUCAGCUUGUGCAUCUACCAGAAACACUCCAAAAGAAAGCCCCCUGCAUCCUUGGAUUUGGGCAUCUAGACCGGGGCAACGAGUGCAUAUAGAUUAUGCAGAAUAUAAGGGGCAGUCCUUUCUUGUUAUUGUCGACAGUUAUUCAAAAUGGCUGGAAGUCAUACCAGUGAAGUCCACCACAAGCAGCAAUACCAUAGAGAAGUUAAGAACAUGGUUUGCCUCAGUUGGAAUACCUGAAGAAAUAGUGAGUGACAAUGGGCCCCAGUUUACAUCUUCUGAGUUUCAAGACUUCAUGAAGCACAGUGGAGUUAAACAUACACUUGUACCGCCCUAUCAUCCUCAGUCAAAUGGGUUGGCUGAAAGAGGAGUACAGAUUCUAAAAAAAGCAUUAAAGAGGCAAGAUUUUGAUGGUCAUAGAUGGUCUCUUCAGCAGCGCCUUGCCAACUUUUUGUUAAGGUAUCGCAUAACUCCACAUAGCACUACUGGUACAUCACCUGCAGAACUAUUUCUUAAGCGCCAGUUAAGAACCCGGUUGAGUUGCAUUAAACCUAAUCUUCGGGAGUCGGUGGAGAAGAAACAGCAAAAGAUGAAAGAACAACAUGAUGGUGGACAGUGUAAAGUCAGGGAAUUUCAGGGAGGUGAACAAGUUCAAGUGAAAACAACUAUUCCAGGACAAAAAUGGAAGUGGAUAUCUGGUGUGAUUCAUAGAAAGUUGGGACCAUUAACGUAUCUUGUGCGAGUUGGAAAACGCAUUCGCUAUUGCCACGUAGAUCAUUUAUUAGCAUCGUAUGCUACGAUGCUGGAGACGGAACUUACACCGCUGUCCUUUGAUGUAGAGUUACCCUCUUUUAAAGAGCCAGGAAUGGAUCGGGCCUUAGUGUCUCCAGAUGAAACAGGAAAGGGAACUCCUGAGAUGGUGGAAACUCAAGAAAAACUUGCGGACUCUGUAAACAAGGAUACCAAGGUGCCUGAUCAGACUGAUGCAGUGCCGGAACGUCGUUAUCCACUCAGGAUGAGGAAACCCACUAAAAAAUUGGACUUAUAG